AUGCAAAAUUUUCCAAUUAGUUUAGAACACAAAGAUAUGAUUGAUAUUGCUGCAACUGGAUACAGUGAAUCUGCUGCAUUUCUAAUUCCAUUAAUCACUUAUUUAUCUACACUCCCGAAAUAGGAUAAUAAGAUUUGUAAAGAUGGACCAUAUGCAUUGAUAAUGGCUCCCCUUAGCAGAUCCAAAAAAGAGUAUUUAAUUAAAAGUGGGCAAAAUGUUCCACCAGAGUUGGCUUAACAUAUGGCAUCGAAAUAAAAACCUGGUUCUGUGCCAGAUAAUGUGCCCAGAAGAAAACAAAUAAUUUUGGCGCAUUUAUUAAAAAUAGAAAAUAAAUAUCGAAGAUAAAACAGACUAAAAAUAUACAUCUAUGACUCAAAAUAGAAAAUCAGAUAAAAUUACAUAAAUAGCAUUUCAACUAUAUGA